AUGGAUUCAUUAUCAUUGGCGUCGCCAACAGAACGUGUAGCAAACAGAACGUUUCAUAGAAAUUGUUACAAAGUUUAUGGGAACAAUACACAAUACUGGACGGUUCAGUCUGAACUCAUUGAAUAUGUAUGAAGAAAAAGUCAAACUUUGUAUCGGAUAUUUCAAUGACAGCAUUUGUGAGAGUGAAAAAGAAACAGAUAUUGAAGGUGAUACUCAUUUGUUUUUUAUCAUUCAUACCGUGGCCAGCGCCGAGCGUAUUCAAAAUAUCAUGCUCACGCGAUAGUGCGCGUGUUGUACGGAAAAUCGUACAAACUCGAUGGCUUCCAAUCCUUGAAAAAUAUCAGGUAAAAUUGCCGUUGGAAUGUCCGUUCCAUCCGUUACGCGAGAUUUUUGCGCCGCAACAAGCGGCCAAAACACAAAAUCGCCGAAAUCAAUGGACUUGCAAUUUGUGUGGCAAAAGUUUUUUCGAGGAGAAAUUUUUAGAUAUGCAUUUUGAUGCGCGACACAGUUCGGUUAUCAAUUCCGCCGAAGAUGCCGUUUGCUUAUCAAACUAUUGCGAUAUAAUGCGAUGCAAAGUGUUACUGUCGAAAGAUUCAACACUUUCAUUUGGCGAAUCGACAAUAUCAACGGAUGUUGAAUUAUGGAACGAGGCGACGGCAUUUCGCACUUCAAUGAGUUCAACUGGACCAAGAUCUCUAGCCAAACUACCAAAUAGACAUUUUUUACCCUCACUGCUGCGACAGAAUUCCGAUGAGCCAGUGCACAGCAAUGACAAUUGCAACGCUGAAACCAAUGAAUGUUUGAGACAUUGUGAUAAUUCAAUGGGAUGCGAUCGAGAUGAAGUGAAAGAUGGUGCUAGCGAUUCUAAGACAAAUGCAGAACAACAAGAGAAAAAAGCCAAUCCCGAAGAAAGCGACAAUUCGGAGGAAAGCGAUUGCAAUGCGACAAGUUCCGGUGAUGAAACGAUAGUCGAUUCAUCACUACCUCCGGUCGACAAAAAGAAACAACGAAUCACCGAAUUUCAGCGAAUGAAAGCCAACUGCAAACCAGAUGAAUUGGAGCAAUUACAACAAAAAUGUCAAAUGUUAGUACGAGACUGCGUUGCUGGCCUGCUGGUACAACUGUCCAAUGAUGAUUUUAAAGCAAUGGAAGAUGAACUGAACCGAGCGGUGUGCUGGUAUUUGACAUGUGAUCGAUAUUUCGAGGAUGGACCGAUCGAACAAAGAGCUUUCCCAUGGGGAUUAGUGUUCAUUUUAGUUCUACUGCUGUCGUUUGGUGUUUGUUUUUGUUAUUACAUCAUAUGGAUUUUAUUCGACUCUGACGAUCACAUGAGUCCGCCGCCAACCAUGCCAACCAGCAAUUACAUGCAAAGUGGUGGUCACAUGAGUCCAACACACCAUCACAUACAUAAUCAGCAACAGCAACAGCAACAACAGCAAGCAUACCAUCAAUCGCACUACACUAGCGGCACCAUAACACCAUUGUUGCAUACAACGCAUCAUCCACAUCCAACACAAUCCCAUCUAAUGGGGCAACAACAACAACAACAACAACAACACCAUCAACACCAUAAUCCAUCAGCGUCAAUGUCCAAUAUUCCUGUGUCCGUUUCCGUAAAUCCGAUGCCCACAUCACGUUCGACCACACCAGCCGGUGGCUAUCCAGAUGAAUUUUAUACGGCCCACGAUUUCAAUGAGCUCAGCCAAAGUGAACAUUACAUUUACGUUACGUAUCCGCCAGAAUUAAAGCGUCGCUUACUCGAAAGCUGCUACAAUCGAACAACACGUCUGUGAAUAAAAAAAAUUUAAUAAAAAUAACGUACUAUUUUCACCCACGAAAUAAAUCCACGACUUAGGAAAAUCUAGCAAAAAAAAAAUUAAUACCAGUUUUCAUGGCCGAAUCUCUUUUAAUUUCCAUUUUUAAAAAAUUGCUGAAAUUGUAAUAUGUUUCUUUCCAUUCUUUUUGUUUAUUAGCUACGUAGGUAACUAGUUUUAAAAGAAACCACAUUUUCAGGAGCUGCUUAGUUGACAGCGUGUUUUUAGCCUGAUUCACUUGACACAAUGGAUAUAAACUGUGAAGCAAAUAAUAUUUGAAUAAGUUUUUCAUUUGGUUUUGUUUCCUUAGUUUAGAACAAUGCUCACCAGUAAAUUUAUACAACAUAUUAUUGCUCAAUAUUUAGUUCAAAUACCAAAAAUGUGCUCUUUUUGCGUUUGAUAAAUUGUAUGAUAUUUUAGAUGAAUGUAUUUUUUUAGCUCAAGCAAACCGCAAAACAACAUGAUUUUAACUAGUUUUAGACAUUCAGACGCAGCUAAGUGAAUUUGAAGAGAAGAACAAAACAAGAGAAAAAAAACAACAGUCAAGUGUUUUACAGUAGUUCCAUGCAGUAACACAUACAAUGAAAUCGCAAUGAUUUUUCUACGAAAGUUAAACACUGAAUUUGUACGCUUCAUAGCUUUGGCUUUUAGAUUAAAUUCCAUUUCAUAAACAUUUCGCAAACCAUGGCAAUUUGGCAUAGCGCCAGUUAAUUCCAUAUGUUUGUAUCACAUACACCCUAUUUUACUGUGGUGAAUCGAUUCGGGACAACAUUUAAACUCAUGUGUUUUGUAUUCAAUUGGAUAUACAUUUUUAUUCCGCCAAUUGGAGUGGAUUUGAUUAUUGCAAUUAUCAUAAAGACUUAAUACGACGUGCGCUAUUAGCCGCAAUGACGAAAAUCGAUAGGAAACACGAUGUCAGCAAAUAGAAAUAUUUCCAAUUCUCUAUCUCACUCAAAUUCAAUCCUUUCCUGCUUAAUCUUACAUAGAAAUUAAAGCGCCGGAAUUGUACCAACGUAUUCUACUGACGUUAGAGGUACAAAUGUUCCGAAACCAUACUCGAUGACUGCGAAAUCACAAAAAGAAAAUCCAUUACUUCGUAAUUGCCAUUGCUUGAAUCGUACGAUUUUAACGAUUUUUCGCAAGAGUCUCUCUGUAUAAGUUUUAGACAUUUUAGGCGGAAUGAAGUAGAAUUUUAUAAAUAUGAUGACAAACAAAAGUUUAUAAUGCAAAUUUCAGGAAUCGCACACAUAGCAACAUUUGUAGACUAUGUCUUAGAUUUAAAAUGACGACGAAAAAAAAGACAUGUGAACAACUAUUCAAGACUUGUACCUUUUUGCUAAGCCUCUCAAAACCGAUAAAUCACUGUGACAUUUUAGAUGGAGAAAACAACCAUUUCUUUUUAUUACAUUGUUAGAUCAACUUACUGUCUUUCAUUUUGAAAUAAGAAAAACUAAAAAAAACCAUCGCUAAUACAAAUCUAUAGACUAUUUAAAAAAAAAAACAAACUGAAUUUUAAACUGAAUUUUAAUAGAGCACUUAUAACCGCAAGACCACAAAGUUAAGACCUUUUUGCACAUACCAAAAAUAAAUUGUAUUCAACAUCUGACUCUUAACCAAAAAAAAAACAAUUACUGUCUGUAUUGGCAUUGAAUGAUUAUAUUUAUUUGAAUAAUUAUUGAAAUAAUCCCUUCAUCUAGUAAGUUAACUUUGAAUAAGACGACAUUUGAUUGUAUUUCAAGAGAAUUUUUUAUCGUUUUUUUCUCAUACAAGUACAAAAAUAUUACACACAUUCUUCGUCUCGUGUUUAUAGAACAAAUGCUUGGAAGUUUUCACUGAGAAUUAUGGCAAAUGGAAACAAUCAUUAAAUUUUAUUGAGAUUAUGAAAAAAAAGAACAAA